CCCCCCCCCCCCCCCCACCACCGCGACGACGCCUUCCCUCCUCUUUUUGACCGCCGCAGCCGCCGCCGCCGCCGCCGCCCUCACCCCUCGCCCUCUUUGAUGCUCUCACUCCUCUUCUCCUCCGCCCCAGUCAAACGCACUCUCUCAGUCCCCUGCCUUCUCUCCCUCCACCAGCUAGCCACAUCCGGCUCCCUCCGAUCCGGCCGAUUCAGCUCAGCCGCCCUCGGCCACCCUCCGGCCCUGCGAUCUCAGCUGCGAUCAUCGAUGGCGGUCCCCAGGCCAGAUUCCCUGUCGAGCCUGGCGGCGCUCGACAGCGAAGUCGGCCUCGCUAAGAAGCUGUGGAUCAAGUGCCGCAGGGAGUCGGUCUUCGCCAUGUACACUCCGUUCGCGGUCUGCUUGGCUUCGGGGAACCUCAAGCUCGAAACCUUCAGGCAUUAUAUCGCUCAGGAUGUUUACUUCCUCAAAGCCUUUGCUCAAGCGUAUGAGCUAGCGGAAGUGUGUGCAGAUGAUGACGAUGAAAAAGCUGUCAUAUUGCAGCUCAGAAAAGAUGUUUUAGAGGAGCUUAAAAUGCAUGAUUCAUUCGCAGAGGAGUGGGGUUCAGGCGAUACCACAGAGAGUACUCCCAACCCUGCAACUGUUAGAUAUACUGAUUUUUUGCUGGCAACAGCCUCUGGCAAGGUUGAAGGACUAAAAGCUCCAGGAAAACUUGCAACCCCCUUUGAAAAAACUAAAGUGGCAGCUUAUACACUUGGUGCCAUGACACCUUGCAUGAGAUUGUACGCCUUUCUCGGUAAGGAGUUCCAGACGUUUCUAGAUCCUAAUGAGGAGAGUCACCCUUACAAGAAGUGGAUUGAGACUUAUUCAUCUGAAAGUUUCCAGGCAUCGGCUGUGCACACUGAAGACUUGCUGGAUAAACUAAGUGUCUCUUUGACAGGAGAAGAGCUUGACAUCAUUGAAAAGCUCUACCAUCAAGCCAUGAAACUCGAAAUAGAGUUCUUUAAUGCUCAACCACUUGCCCAGCCGACUGCUGUCCCUCUCAUUAAAGAGCCUGCCUUUGCAGAAGAUCGACUGAUGUUGUUCUCUGACUUUGAUCUGACCUGCACUGUUCUUGAUUCAUCAGCCAUUUUGGCGGAGAUAGCCAUUGUGACUGCUCCGAAAUCAGAUCAGCCUCUGUCAGAGAGCCAUAUUACUAGGAUGUCCUCAUCUGAUCUGAGGAAGACAUGGGAGAUUCUCUCCAAACAGUACACAGAGGAACAUGAACAAUGCAUGGAAAGCAUUAUGGCUUCCGUAAAAGCUGAGCAAUUUAGUUACGAAGUUCUUGUGGAAGCACUUCAACAGCUAGCAGAAUUUGAGAAAAGAGCAAAUGAUCGAGUAAUUGAAUCUGAGGUUCUUAAGGGUCUAAAUCUUGAAGACAUAAAACGAGCUGGAGAACGGCUGAUUCUUCAAGAUGGCUGCACUGCUUUUUUCCAGAAGCUCAUUAAGAGUGAAAAUGUAGAUGUCAAUGUCCACGUACUUUCAUACUGCUGGUGUGGGGACCUGAUUAGAUCAGCACUUCUGUCAGGAGACUUGAGUGUUCUGAAUAUACACGCAAACGAGUUGGCUUUUGAUGACUCUAUAUCAACGGGUGAGAUUGUUAAGAACAUGGAAUCUCCAAUUGACAAGGUCCAAGCUUUCCGGGACAUUUUAAGGAACCAUGAGGACAAAAAGAAUGUAACUGUUUAUAUUGGUGACUCGGUCGGCGACUUGCUGUGCCUGCUCGAGGCUGACAUUGGCAUUGUGAUCGGCAACAGUUCAAGCCUGCGGAGAAUCGGGGACCACUUUGGAGUCUCUUUCGUCCCACUCUUCUCAGGGUUGGUCAAGAAGCAGAAAGAAUACGAUGAAGGAAGCCCUUCCAAGUGGAACUCACGGUCGGGUACCCUCUAUAGCGUGUCUAGUUGGGCUGAAAUAUAUGCCUUCGUUUUGGGAUGGUAAAUGAUUCUUUUUUGGCCCCCAUCACUUUUUUCUCUCGAUUUCUAUUUAGAUCAAAAUGGUAGAAUAGUUGUGUUCUAUAUAUAGCAGAACAAAGAACGAUACGGGAUGGUGGCAUUUUUUUUAUCAGGGGCCACGAAUCUGCCGCUCUUGUCCUUCUCUCUACUUCGCUUUGGGUUUGUCUCCAUACAUGCGAGUCCCUGGCGAAGUAGAAGAGAACAUUCAGAUAGGAAUAUUCAUUCUUAUAAGAAGUGAUGAUAAAUGUGCAACAUUAUAUGUGGCUCUGGCUCUGUAUGUUCCGGAAUUUUUGCGGGUUGUAAUUGACUGGGCAAGAGAAAGAAGCAGCUGUUUAUUACUUCA